ACUAGGGACACGAUAUCGAAUAGAAAGUAUCGAUACUGUACUCAUGAGUAGUAUCGGUAAAAAAGUAUCGUACUCGUAAAAGUAUCGAAACAAAAGUAUCGAUACUUCAAAGUAUCGAGUACAUUUCAUAGGGCCUUAUCGGAACCUCUGUGGCCUGAUGAGCAACCCCCCCCCCCCCCCUCAGUGUUAAAAUAGAAAGAAAAACAAUCGAAUUUAAUUAUAGUACGUACGUAUAAUCAAAAACAAAAAAGGACAUGUAAAUUCACAAAUUGCUAUAUUAUGUAAUGAAAAAAUAGCUGUGAUUUCUGACACUAAAAAAGUGUUCAUUAAUAUUACAUUCAUAAUUAGGUACAAUGUUAAUUAAAAAGAUCGAAAUCUUAAACAAUUUAAAAGUAUGAAACUUUUCAGAUUUGUUUCAAAUUAAACUUACUUUUCUUGAAUUUUAAUCAUUAAAAAACAUUAUACCCACUUAUGUUAACUUGAAUCUGAUACGUAGUUAACGGUUGUCAUUGGCAUGCUUCACUCAAGAUUAUAAUUAUAGAAGAGGUUACGUCCAUCUUUUUUUCAGGUGGUUUCAAAUAGGUAUACACAGCACAGACAGAAUAAUAGUGUUACACUUGAAUAAAUCAAAUACAGUCAAGCGAAAAGCACAAUAAACGGCGAAUCAAUCACAGUUCCUAACAAUAUAAUCGCUGAAUAAAUAACUAUGAAACAAAACAAACCGCAAAAUAAACACAGUCACAGAUUGGAAAGAAUUUGAAUAUGUCAGUUACUGACUUUAUAACAACGCAAUAGGGCAUUUGACAGUUUUAAAAAUAAAGUGCCAAAAUAACGAAAAAGAUAUUAGUUUUGUUAUCUAUUGUCACGUAACCCAAAACGCUUGGGAUUGGCGGAGCCUAAAAGGACGUCACACGCAAGUAAACUUCCGGUCAAAGUGACAUGACAUUGUAUCGUUUGACGUUUCAAUAACAGUCGUGUGACGUCACACACUAGUAAGACGCCAUAUUGCCCAGAGAAACGUUUUCGCGGCAACUUAAAAAUUGAGUUUUUGAUUUGGUUAUUUUUACUGAAAUACACGACAAAAUGAUGAAUAUCCACUUUUUACGGACUCCAUAAACAUUAGUCAAUAACGUGAGAUCGUUGCCUAAAACUUGUCAAAUACCCUAUGGAACGUUUUAGAAGGUUUGCUAUGAUUUAACAAGAUGGCGUUGCCAUCAAUAUGAGGCGCUUAUCCAAAAUUUUAAAGGUAUCGAUACUUGCCAAAAAGUACUCAUUUAGUAAAAGUAUCGAAUACAAAGUAUCGAGUACAAAAGUAUCGGUAUCGAAAGGAAAAGUACUCGAUACCACAAAGUAUCGAUACUUUUUUCGUGUCCCUAGUCAUGACAAAUGAAAAUGAAGUUGUUUUCUGUUUUGGCUAAAUUCGUCUGAUAGAAAGCUAAAGAUAAUUGAAAAGUUCAACAUGUAAAAAUUACACUUAUCAACAUGUGCAAUCUGAUAAGAUGUUAAUAUUUAGGAUUCAAUUUUAGUCAUAAAAAUAGCUGGCACUAAUAAACACAAUUGAUAACAAUGUCUCUACCAUCAAUUCGCGUAACUUCGCGUUAUCUUCGGAUUUUACGUCGAAGCCUGCGUCUUGCCAGCGUACCGGUGAGGAGGAUACGAGCUAGUGUGAGCGCCAUCGGGUUCACCUACGGGAACAAGUGGCACUGGCAUGAACAUUGGGGAUGGUCGUCCAGGCAAUACAUUAUAGGAGCUGGUUCCCUGGGCCUGGCGCUUUUAGCAGCUGACCAUGUAUUUAACGGUAAUUGCGUUAGUCAUUGCAUGUUGACUUUCCCCUUCCAGACCUCUCGGAAACGGACGUAUUUGACAUAAAUCUCUUCUUCUUUCUUUUUUUAAUGGCUCAACGGGGAUAUACCCACAAUUCUGCCAAUUUCACGUAGAUAGCCACUACACGACAAGGGAUUCUUAAUAAAAUUAAUUUUGAAAUGAGAAGUUGAAAAUACCAUUUUAAAAAUUCUGUCACUUCCUAUGUUGAUACUAGCCUACUUCAGCAAGAAACCAAUCUCAUCUUGCUUAAAUGGGCUCUCCUAAAAGUUCUGAAACUAAUGGCAUUUAUCCUAUCUGGUAUUCUUUAUGAGUUGUGUUUUUUUUCAGUUGGUAUAGUAUUAUUUUCUUGGUCUUGCUUAAGCUCAUGUAUAAUCUGUUGCAAACAAAUUUACAAAUUUUCCCAUGCAAUUAAUCACUAAUUGGAUUUCUCAACACAUUAAUUUGCUUUCCUAGGGGUUUGACAUAUUAAUUCACUUCAUAUUCAUUCUUAUAUGAAAAAUCAUAAAUAAAAAAAGAGUCAUAAAGUAAGGUUAUUUUAGCAGACGGGAAUUGUCUGUUGUCUAUGGUUGAACAGUGUUGCACCGAAUAGUCUAUUCAGAAUAUUUAAAUUAAUGUUUAUAAUCAAAUAGUGAAUUGAUUAAAUAAAUAGUUAUGGGCUAAUAAUCAUCUCAUGUUUAUCAGUAAUCCAACAUAUGCAAAAUUUAUUUGUUUGAUAUAUACUGAAAUCAAUUUAUUUGUAAACGAAGUAAUUUAAAAUAUCCAACAGCAUAGUGGAAUCUUCAAUAAACAUCGGUAAUAAUUCAAUUUCAUUAAAGACCUCGAACUUUUCCACAUCUGAAGAGCCAGCUUGGCAAAGUUUAUUUUCUAAAUAAGAACAAUGUGCCUUUUUUGUAUCCGAGUUUGUGAAUUUCGUCUUAUCCAUGUUCAUCUUAAGACCCCCUUUUUGGGAAGCACUACUAAGAUCUUCGAGCAUCAUGUUAAGCUCUUCCAAGGUCUCAGCCAUUAGAACUACAUCUUCGGCGAAACAAAGAUGCGAAAGGUACUCGCCAUUAAUGUUAAUGCCUCGUCCUUUCCAAUCCAGAAGCUUAAAAAUAUCCUCCAAUGCAGCAGUGAACAGUUUCGGAGAUAUCACAUCUCCCUGUCUCACGCCUCGCUUCAAUUGGAUAGGAUUAGAGCUCUGGUUUUGUAAUCGGACCGACAGAGUGGCGUUUUCGUAAAGGUACCUUAACACCUCGACAUAUCUGUAGUCUACUUGGCACCUUUGGAGAGACUGUAACACCGCCCAGGUCUCAAUCGAAUCGAAAGCUUUUUCAUAGUCAACGAACGCCAAGCAAAAUGGCAGAUUAUACUCUUCGGUCUUCUGUAUAACCUGCCGCAGCGUAUGAAUGUGGUCUAUGGUACAGAAGCCUUUUCGGAAACCGGCUUCUUCGGGUGGUUGGAAGUCGUCAAACCUGCGUGCGAGACGAUUCGUAAUGACUUUCAAAAAUAACUUAUAAACAUGGCUAAGAAGCGAGGUUGGUCGAUAGAUUGCAAGGGUGCUUUGUCUCCUUUCUUGAAGAACAGGACAACCUCGCUUCUGGCACAUGCUUUUGGCGUUCUGCCUUUGAGCAUGAUGGAAUUGAAAACCCUCUGGAGGCAGUGGCGGGGCAAGACCUAAAUUUGAUGUGGGCAAGACAGAUUUCGCGAGGCCCUGUUCUGUGGCGACCUAAAGGCGGAUUUAAUCAUAAAAAAAAAUAAGAAAUUCGCUUUUAAACAAUGCAUAAAAAUUUUUGAGGCGCGAGGCCCCUUGUAAUUCGAGGCGGUAGCCCACGUCGCCCACGCCUUACGCCGCCUCUGUCUGGAGGACUUUAAGUAUAGGUUUACCGCCCGCUCUCAGAAGUUCUGGUGUGAUUCCAUCAUCGCCCGCCGCCUUGUUGUUUUUAAGUUGUUUCAGAGCCAUACUAAUCUCACACAGGCUGACGUCCGGGAUAUCUUCAGUGUAGUGUCGAGUAAGCUUGGCUCUGGGGUCUCUAGCCUUGCUUUCAACAGGUGCUUGCGUGGAAUAUAACUGUCCAUAGAAACUCAAUCUCCCUCUGGAUUUCAGCCUUAGACGAAAUGAUGCUACCGCUGUCAGUGUUCAGUUUCGUCAGUUGGCUUUGCCCAAUAGACAGAUCUCUCGCGAACACUUUGGAGCCUUUAGCCUUAGCGUUCGAUAGCCUCUUUGAAAUAAUGUCAUUGUCAAAUUUUGUAUGGAAACCUGUACAUCAGCACCACAACGGACGUAACGAGAACUAAAAAUUAGUACACAUUUGACGUAUAAAAUGGAUUGAAUUCAACUAUUCGAAUUCGAUAAUGGUUCUUGCUAAGGGUACUGGUCAAUCAAUCAAUCAAUGGUUAAAAAAAUAUUCGCCGUAUGCCUUGUAAAUGUUCGUUUACCGCCUUAUUUCAUCGUCACUGUAAAAUCACCGUCCUCAGUCUGGAGUGUAGGGUGGAGUGGUAGUGGUUACUUUAUUUAAUCCUCCGGAUCGUAAUACUGGAUGCAUAAUGCAAUAGUGUCAAGGCGAGAAAAAACAUCGUCAUGGUUAUAUCGCCACAGAUAUCCAAAAUCUACGAAGUCCGCUGUUUACUUCGGUGCUAGCUAGUGCCUGUCUUCAGUUAUCUUAGCUAGCAACUCGAUUGGAGUUUUUUUUUAUCACUUUUUUUAUGUUUUCUUCGGCAACGGCGGUGUUUGCUCGUCUUGACCUCGGCUCGUCUUUCAGUGACUUCUUGUCGAGUUUGAAUUCUCGGCUCCAACGUUUUAUGAUGGCAAAUGCCAGUGUGGACUCUCCAUAAAAUCCAGAUGUCUGCAGUUAUUUCCGUCCACAUUUUAUUAGUCUUUGUGAGGAAUUUUAUGAUAGCUCUGUACUUUAAUUUCUAGCAAAGCGCGGAUGACUGAGACAUGGUGAUGUUCGCAGUUCAAUUAUUCAUAAUUACUUAAAGCAUAAUGAUGUUAAUGAAACUUGGUAUUUAUACUACUUAGGAUAGUUGCAGUUAUUGUUAUGCAACACGAGUUAUUAGCGAUACUGAAAGGUAGUAAAACUUAAGCCGCCUCUCGUACCACUCCACUAUGGAAGUCGUCUUCAAAUAAUAUUAACAACACGGAUUCAUGUAAAAUAAAUAAAUGUUAUCGUGUUUGUCUUCUUUAAACAUAGUUAUCACCCUCAUAGUGAAGUACAAAUUGUUAUAUUUCAGAAAAGAGGUUUUUCAAAGCGGCCCAGCUCGGUAACAUAGAAGAAAUAAAAAGGUCAGUGACAUUCCCUUCGGUAGCAUUACAUCAUGGAUAAACGUAGCAAUCAGUCACAUUCGACUCAUAUUUUUAUUUAUUUAUUCAUGGAAAACAAACAGCAUGUUUAAACUAAGGAUAAAACGAGAUGAUGUAGCAUUGAUAUGCCUUAUACAGUUUUCACAAAUACAACUCAAAUAAAAUAUACUUAAUCCAAUCGAGGCUGAAAACACAGUAGUAAAAAAUUAAGCAUAAAGCCAUAAAGCCAUACCCACAAAGAAAACGGUGAUAAAAAUAUAAAGUAAUUUAAAUUAGGUUUCAUUAUUGUUAUUAAAAAAUUUACUAUUCACAGUCUUUUUGAAAUAAUUUUCCAGCAAUACGUCCACAUCACUCGAAUAAUUAUUAUUGAAAUUUUGUGUUACUCUAUUAAAGUAGGAAGUCUGUCUAUAAUUUGUCGAACAUAAAUCAGUAUGGAAUCGCAGAUAAUUGCGUCCGGCAACCGUACGGAACGGUACCUGGAUUUUAACCAACGAUAGCAGCUUAAAUUGUGGAAAAAUAUACUCCACAAGGCAAGUGCAGGCGGCGCCGGAGACGCGGCGCGAAGGGGACGGGUCGGGGGAGAGCGCGGCGGACCGCCGGCACCCGCUGGGCUGGACGGCGCUGAUGGCCGCCGCCGCCAACGACCGGCCCGGCGCCGUGCGCGAGCUACUCCGGCUCGGAGCCCGGCCCGACGCGCGCGACCAGUACGCGGGCGCCGCCGCCGCCGCCGCCGCGCACCACUCCUCGCUGCACCCGCUCGAGGCCAUGCAGCGCCGCGAGGACGAGUUCUGCCCCACCAUGAACGCGCGCGCCUCCUUCCUCGGCUGGACGGCGCUGCACUACGCGGCGCUCGCGGACUCGGAGCAGGCGGUCCGAGCGCUGCUGGAGGCCGGCGCGGACCCCACGGCGCGAGACCACGCGGGCCGGCGCGCUCUGCACUACGCGCGCGAUCCCUCACCAGCCCGAGACUUGCUGCUGCAGCACGCGCGACGCUGGGAGCAGGCCGCCGCCGCCGCCGCGGCCGAGGAGCGCCGCCGGUUUCCUCUCGAGCAGCGCCUCAAGCAGUACAUCGUCGGUCAGGAGGGGGCGAUCGAGACGGUCGCGGCCGCGGUGCGCCGCAAGGAGAACGGCUGGGCGGACGAGGACCACCCUCUUGUCUUCCUGUUUCUGGGCAGCUCGGGCAUCGGCAAGACGGAGCUGGCGAAGCAGCUGGCGCGCUACAUGCACCGCGACGACCCGGCGGCGUUCAUCCGGCUGGACAUGUCGGAGUACCAGGAGAAACACGAGGUGGCCAAGCUGAUCGGCGCGCCGCCCGGGUACGUUGGCCACGAGGAGGGCGGCCAGCUCACGCGGGCGCUGGCCCGCCGCGCCGAUGCCGUCGUGCUCUUCGACGAGGUCGACAAGGCCCAUCCCGACGUUCUCACUGUGCUGCUGCAACUCUUCGAUGAGGGCCGGCUGACGGACGGCAAAGGCAAGCUGAUCGAGUGCAAGAACGCGGUAUUCGUUAUGACAUCCAACCUCGCAGCGGACGAGAUCGCUCAGCACGGGCUGCAGCUGCGCCGCGAGGCCGACGCCCGCGCCGCGCAGCGCACGCGCGUGAUCAACGCCGACGUUAAAGAAAGCCACGAGAAGACCGAGAGGGUGGAGCAGCAGGAGACACUAGAAGUAUCGCGGCACUUCAAGGACAGCGUCGUCCGGCCCAUUCUGAAGCGGCACUUCGGUCGCGACGAGUUCCUGGGCCGCAUCAACGAGAUCGUGUACUUCCUGCCGUUCUCGCGGCAGGAGCUGCUGACCCUCGUGCAGAUGGAGUUGGCGCGAUGGGCUGAGGCGGCACGAAGGCGGCAUUCUGUGGAGCUGAGAUGGGAAGGUGGUGUAUUGGGAUGUCUCGCUGAUGGAUACGACGUCCACUACGGCGCGCGUUCCAUCAAGCACGAGGUGGAGAGGCGAGUGGUCAAUCAGAUCGCUUUGGCGGCCGAGAGAGGCGCCCUCGCCCGGGGCUGCAGCGUGCUGCUAUCGGAGGCCGGGGGCAGGCUGUUACUCGCAGUGAGGACCCCGCCCGCCACCGAAUAUACGCCGUUAGACCUCGCUGCGGCAUAGACAAAGCCGAGGUCAAACCCCCCUCCCCCCUCCCCAUCGCAAAUGAUACAGACCUCGCUGCGACAUAGACAAAGCCGAGUUCCCCCCCCCCCCCCCCCCCUCCCCAUCGCAAAUGAUACAGACCUCGCUGCGGCAUAGACAAAGCCGAGGUCAAACCCCCCUCCCCCCACCUCAUCGCAAAUGAUACAGACCUCGCUGCGGCAUAGACAAAGCCGAGGUCCCCCCCCCUCCCCAUCGCAUAUGAUACAGACCUCGCUGCGGCAUAGACAAAGCCGAGGUCAAACCCCCCUCCCCCCACCUCAUCGCAAAUGAUACAGACCUCGCUGCGGCAUAGACAAAGCCGAGGUCCCCCCCCCCCCCCUCCCCAUCGCAAAUGAUACAGACCUCGCUGCGGCAUAGACAAAGCCGAGGUCAAACCCCCCUCCCCCCACCUCAUCGCAAAUGAUACAGACCUCGCUGCGGCAUAGACAAAGCCGAGGUCAAACCCCCCUCCCCCCUCCCCAUCGCAAAUGAUACAGACCUCGCUGCGACAUAGACAAAGCCGAGUCCCCCCCCCCCUCCCCAUCGCAAAUGAUACAGACCUCGCUGCGGCAUAGACAAAGCCGAGGUCAAACCCCCCUCCCCCCACCUCAUCGCAAAUGAUACAGACCUCGCUGCGGCAUAGACAAAGCCGAGGUCCCCCCCCCCUCCCCAUCGCAUAUGAUACAGACCUCGCUGCGGCAUAGACAAAGCCGAGGUCAAACCCCCCUCCCCCCACCUCAUCGCAAAUGAUACAGACCUCGCUGCGGCAUAGACAAAGCCGAGGUCCCCCCCCAUAGCAAAUAUACGCCGUUAGACCUCGCUGCGGCAUAGACAGACAGAAACUACAACCUCUGUUGUUGUUGUUGCCUAAAAUGGCCGAGGUCCCCCCCCCCCCCCCUCUCAAAUAGCGGAAUGCACGCCACUCGCUGUUCUUUAGGAUAAACAUGUUACAUCCUUACCUCGAUGACAACAAAGUAUCUUUGCCCCCCCCCCCCCUCUCGUCGUUGUUUAGUAUUGCAGAAUAUACCCCCUUCGCUGUUGUCUAGGACUCUAGGAUAGCAGAAACACCCCUGUCGCCGUUAACCCCCCUACCCCCCCCCCCCCAUCCACUCGUGCAGUUGCAGGAUGCUACAUCCUUAUCUCGACGACAACAGAGGACCUCCUCCCCCCCUCUCGCACCUCUGUUGUUGUUGUUGCCUAAAGUGGCCAAAGCCCCCCCCCCCCCCCUCCCCCCUCCCCAUCGCAAAUGAUACGAUUUCUUGGAUAGCGGAAUGCACACCACUCACUGUUAUUUAGGAUAAACAUGUUACAUCCUUAUCUCGACGACAACAGAGGACCUCCCCCCCCUCUCGCCGUUGUUUAGUAUUGCAGAAUAUACCCCCUUCGCUGUGGUCUAGGUCCCAUUCCCAUUUACCUUAGUUCAAUAUAAGCAGUAUCGGUUAGCUAUAUCAUAUUCAAACAUAUUGUACUGAAUAGAUUUCAAAACGACCAGGCAACUAUAUUACUAACUUUCUUUUGAUUAUUUAUUACUAGUUUUCGUAAGACAAUAAACAUUUGUAAAGUCUGACCAGAGAUAGAAAGUCUAGCUUGGAGGCGCUUGCCUGCAUCACCUUGCAAAAUUAU